AGAGAGAGAGGGAAGCGUGGGGGCUCUACUUCCUUAGACUCACGCAAAGAUUGGUGAGAUAAUCAACAGAGAAUUACAUAAAGCUGGAAGGAGUAAUAACCCUGACUGGACAGAAACAGAGGGUAGCCUACAGGGUGAGGGUCCGGGCAUUUGCAGGUCUUCGAGGCGUGAGUAGGACAUUUAUUUACUCGUUCAUCCCUGAUUUAGAGUUUUCUGUGCAUCUUUUCCUCGUCAGCCUCUUAGUAUUUAGCUAUCAUCAUGGCUUGGCCGUGCAUUACGCGUGCUUGCUGCAUCAACCGCUUUUGGACCGAGCUGGACAAAGCGGACAUCGCGGUGCCUUUAGUUUUCACCAAAUACUCGGAUGUGGCCGACGUGCAGCAUCUUCAUCACCCGCAGCCGAAGCAGAAAAGGGCCGGUGCCAUUGCCAUAGAAACCCAGCCCCAUCCUGGCGAGCAGGAGGCUGGGAAGGCACCGCCCGCGACGGGUGCCGCAGCGGGCAAAGAUGGCUCUACUGCGUCCGUCAUGCGCCAAGACUUCAAGGCGUGGAGAGUGCGCCCCGAGCCCAGCUGCAAGCCCAGAAAUGAGUACCAACGCUCGGCGGCCCCGUUCAAUAACGAAACUCAGUAUCAAAAGGAUUAUAAGCCCUGGCCUAUACCGAAGAAGCAUGAUCACCCCUGGAUCCCCAAAUCUAGCCCCACCACCGCCACCUCCGGCGGGCCCGAGCGGAGAGCCGGGAGCGGCAAGCUGGAGCUCGCGGCCGCCGAGGCCGAGGCUGAAGUGGAGAAGAGCGAGAUCGAGGAGAAGAUGCAGGAGAAGGAAGCUAAGGAGGUGACCAAGAGAAGCGUGAAGAGGGAAAAGUCAGCAGAGAGAGAAACGGGCGAAAAGACGGACGGGCAGAUGCCCGCAGAUGAGAGCGCCGAGCAGAGGAAAGGCAGAGCAGCUGCAGACGCUCUCAACAGACAGAUAAAGGAGGUUAUGUCCACUUCCAGCAGUUACAGGACUGAGUUCAAGGCAUACAAGGAUGUGAAACCAGUGAAGGCCAUCAAAGCUCCAUCUCAGUAUAAACCCCCAGAGGACGGGACCAAUCUGGAAACCAGCUACAGUGCCACAUUCAAGGGGGAGCAGGUGAAGGCUCACCCCACUGACAACAAGUUGGUGGACCGCAGGAGGAUACGCAGCCUGUACAGUGAGCCCAGCAAGGAGCCUGCCAAGGUGGAUAAACCAGUGUCUCGCACCAAACCAAAAAAGACGCCAACAACAACAACAGGGAAGAUGGUGAAAAAAUCAAAAGAGAAGCAGCUUGCUAGUUCCCAGUCAGCCAAGAAGAAACCGUCUUUGGGUGCCCCAGAACCCAAACCAGAGGGAGUUGUCACAAAGAAGAGCAAAGAGAUCAGCAAUAGACUGGCUGAAGCAAAGCAGUAAAAGUAGCACUCUUUGGUGUGCGCGAUUGAAUUAGGCAAAUUUCUUCCCUUUGGUUUAUUUCCUUACCUGUUGUUUUUGCUGUCCUGUCAUAUGUUAUUCACCUUUGAAUGGGCACUGAUGUUGAGCUUGUAGAAUAAUGCAAAUAAUUUCACUGUAAACAGUGUGUAUGUGGGUGUGUACGGAUGUGAUUCCUUGUAUUUUGGUGCACGGAACCGCUUUAUAUCAUUGAGCACAUGAUUUGCACAUUAUUUAUAUGAAUUCUGUUUGGCAUUAAGCUAUGAAAAAAGAGCCAUCUGUACACAUAUAUGUGUAUGAAAGGGCAUUUGUCUGAAUGGAUGACAAUUCAGAUCAGUAUUAAAAUGAUUGUACAAAAUGUCAAGGGGAUGCUUUUUCUCUGAGACUGUAUCACGAGAGGUUUUGUGAAAAUACAAAAUCUGUUUUACGGUUGCGUUUCCUAGUUACAGUGCCUCCGCUGUAUGGUCCUGGUUUUCAUUUCAUUGUUCUGGAUGAUAUCUGGUUUCAUCAGUUUGGUUGCUAAGAAACCAAAUGAACUGUAAUAUAAUUGCUACAGCUUGCAUGCAGGAUCCCUGUUUUUUGGUUGAGUAGCAACAUUUUAGCAGACUUUAUGUCACAGUCACAUUUUAGCUUGUAAAUUGAGCCAUUAAAGAUAAAUUUAUAGGGGCGAGUCCUUUUCAAUUAUAAAUUAUAAUGCAUGUGUAGUAAUAGACACUUGCCACACCGAAAAACAAAAAGUACAUGCAGUUAGUAAAAUCAUAGUCUAGUGGCUGUUAAAGCUAUAAAAUAAUCACACCAGCAAUAUUGUUUCACCCACAAACAUACUUCUUGCAAUCUAAAUGGAGAACCACUCCUUUGUUUUAAUGGGAAUACUGCAGUUCCCAUUAAACCAAGGGCAUUAAACUGCAGUGACUCAGUAUUUUGUGACAUUGUACGCCAUCCUCUCCUCUGAGCUGUGACACUGUAAUUUUGCAUAAACAAGAUAAAAAGCGUUAUGCUUAUAGGUCUGAGAACCUAUUGUAUGUACUCAAUUUUCACUCUGAAUGGGCUGAUCUCUCCAGGUGUUGAAGGACAAGGAAUGGGCCAGGACUUGUAGUUCAGCUCUUUAAAAUGCUGCUGUCUGAAAAUGUGCAAAUCACAUCUGUCCAUUGUGAGCGUGACGUGGGGUGUUUUUGCUAAAAUGUGAUCACACCCUUUCCCUCUCUGGUCGUAAACACAGUCUACUACAGUAAUACCCUUAGCGGCCGACAUGGCUGCAGUGUGUGAGGGUGAAGUUGAGCACUAACCACCGUGAGUCUGCUUCCAGUUUUAGCCUUAGUGAGUGUGUUUGUGUGUAUGUAUGUGUGAGAGAGAGAGUUUUAGUGUCUGACCUCUACAGCCUGCUGCCUGCUAGCAUCAAGUCCGAUCCAACCACUAGAUGUGCUGCUAUGCACUCCAACACCCUGGUGCUAUUAUCUCUCAUCAUAUAUGCUGUCUGGUUUGGACCUUGUGUGUUGUCAGACCAGAGGGAAAUGAUGUUAUGACAAUGUCAUACUGCUGCAGACAUGUUGUGAUAUUGUGCUUGUAUUCUCAGCUUGCUCUGA